ACAAUAGAUUCCAAAAGGGUAAGACAAUAGUUGGAAGCUGGUGGUAUUUAUACGUUUUUUUCGUGUCCGUUUCUCUCCAAGUAGUGUAGGAUUGGCUAGCUAUCAGCUUGACUUUAGAAUGCUUGGAUUUGACAUCCAUUUAUAUAUGCACAUCCUCUUUUUUUAUCCAUUCACUCUUCUUGGAAAGCUGGAAUCUACAGCAAUGUUGUAGUUUCCUAUCAAUUUUCUUUGUUCUUAUGGUGUUCCAUAAAUACGCAAUGACAUCCAAUCCAAGCUAAUGACAUGUGUGCGUGUGCGUACAGAAUUCUCCUUCCGAUUCUGAAACAAUAGUAUAGAAAACUCUAGCAAAUUAUUGCGUAUUUUCAUUUCCUCAAUCUCUAUUUUCUUGGACAGUAAGGGAAGUCUUUCUGGUAGCAAAGCUAGAGCACAAUACAGAGGGACGAUUAAAAAAGAGAACUGUGGAUAAAGCGCUUAUAAUAAACUAACCCAAAUAAGGUUGGCCUUGUUGGGCUUCGAUUUCACUCGAAAAGGGACAAACUGAGGUAAUUCUAAGAUCAAAAGUGUAUAUAUAUAUAUAUAUAUAUGCUUACAACUUAAACUAGAAGUAUCACAAUAAAAGGGACAAGUGAAUUUACUAUCUGAUUUCAGACUUAAUACAGUAGUGAUACCGAGAUGACAGCCAUAGGCCAGGAAAAUUUAGAAAUCCAUAAAGUAUUCCGCGUCAUGCAGACAGUUGGUGAGAUGAUGAACGACCGGAAGUAUCUCGUGCCCUCCGAGCUUAUACCGAAAACCUACGAUGAAUUUGUACAAAUGUACGUACAACAGCUCGAUGGUGGGGGUAGUGGCGAAAACGCUCCUAAGAGGGUUAUCCAGCGCGCACGCAUGACGUUGCCAUGUGAGCGCCGUCUUGGUGCUAACGGCCAGUGUUUGCGCGCGAUCGUGUUCUUUUACCCAAACGAUGGCCAAUUUACAAAAUUCUUACAGGAGGUACUGAACCGCGCGCGGCAAGACGGCUGCGAUCGUGUAAUCAUCAUCACCACUACUGCGCCCAACGCAAUCAUGAAGAAAAGCGUUGAUGUGAAUAAUCGACGGGAAAAUUGCAUUCAUGUUCAGCUUUUUGAGGAAAAUGAUCUUGCUGUGAACAUCACUAAACAUGAACUAGUGCCGAAACACACACCAUUGGAACCUGAAGAGGUUAAGAUGGCGCUGCAGGCCCACGCGCUGGAGCUCCACCAGCUACCUCGCAUACUAACAACUGACCCUGUCGCCGCUUACUUUGGUUUGGAGAGAGGGCAAGUCGUGCGUAUUGAGCGUAAGAGCAUGUCGGCUGGGCUGUACGUCACCUAUCGCCAGGUAGUGUGAGGCGUCGUGUUCUUACACGCUUCUUUCGAGCAAUUUAAACAUGCAUCGGAGGGUAAAGGAAUAAAACAAAGUUUUCUUUUAGAGUGUCGUCAAAAUGGCUAAUUAUAAAUAGCGGGCACUAAAAACAAA